ACUAGCAACACGCAAACCAUGGCUGCCUUCUCUGCCCUGCCCUGGGAAAUAACCAGCACCGCGGCUGCCUUUCCUCAUGCCAUGUAUUGCCGUGAAGGGCGCUGCUUCCACACGCGCUGCAGUGGAAGGGAGAAAGUCUUUGUUCAUAUUGUGUCAGGAUGCCUGUGUCCAGCUCAUUCCCACACUUACUCUCAAGAUGGCUGUGUCAAAUAUUAGAUACGGAGAAGGAGUUACUAAUGAAGUAGGCAUGGAUCUGCAGAAUCUGGGUGCUAGAAAAGUUUGCAUGAUGACAGAUAAGAACCUCUGCCAGCUUCCUCCAGUAAAAGCAGUAUUAAAUUCCUUGACAAAAAAUGGUAUAACUUUUCAGAUGUAUAAUGAUGUCCGGGUGGAGCCAACAGAUCAGAGUUUCAUGGAUGCCAUCACAUUUGCUAAAAAGGGGGAUUUUGAUGCCUAUGUCGCUGUGGGAGGUGGUUCUGUAAUAGACACAUGUAAAGCUGCCAACCUAUAUGCAUCCAGUCCUGAGUCAGAUUUUUUAGAUUACGUCAAUGCUCCCAUUGGAAAAGGAAAGUCUGUUACUAUGCCUCUCAAGCCACUCAUUGCAGUUCCCACAACAGCUGGUACAGGAAGUGAAACCACUGGCAUUGCCAUUUUUGACUACAAAAAACUAAAAGUAAAAACUGGCAUUGCUUCUAGAGCCAUUAAACCCCUUUUGGGUAUGAUUGAUCCUUUGCAUACGCUCCAUAUGCCAGAGCGUGUAGUGGCCAACAGUGGCUUUGAUGUGCUUUGCCAUGCACUAGAAGCAUACACAGCCCUUCCUUACAAGAUGCGCAGUCCCUGCCCUUCAAAUCCAGUCAAUCGACCUGCUUACCAAGGCAGCAACCCCAUCAGUGAUGUCUGGGCUGUCCACGCACUGCGCAUUGUGGCCAAGUAUUUGAAAAGAGCUGUCAGAAUGCCUGAUGAUCAUGAAGCAAGGGCUAACAUGCACCUAGCAAGUGCAUUUGCUGGUAUUGGCUUUGGAAACGCAGGUGUUCAUCUUUGCCAUGGAAUGUCUUACCCUAUUUCUGGCUUGGUGAAGAGUUACAAAGCAAAGGACUAUAAUGUCGAUCAUCCUCUGGUGCCACAUGGUCUUUCUGUGGUGCUCACCUCCCCAGCAGUAUUUACCUUCACAGCAGAGAUGUGCCCUGAACGGCACUUGGAGGCUGCAGAGAUACUAGGAGCUGACAUCUGCACUGCUAGAAUCAAAGAUGCUGGGCUUAUUUUGGCAGACACGCUCCGGAAAUUCUUAUUUGAUCUGAAUGUUGAUGAUGGCUUAGCUGCAAUUGGUUAUUCUAAAGCAGAUAUUCCUGCCUUAGUCAAAGGCACUCUUCCUCAGGUAAGAGUGACUAAACUAUCACCUCGUCCCCAGACUGAAGAAGAGCUAUCUGCCCUGUUUGAAGCAUCCAUGAAACUUUAUUAGUUUAAACAUUUUGUGUGUUCUUUAAUAAUAAAAACUAAUAUUGAGGUAAUUUCCCACAGACAUAGUCUAAACAAGUUCAGAUAAUGAAGGAACUUGAACCUUAUGCUUGUGUUUUACUAUCUACUGUCUAAAGGUCAGGUAAUUCAGGUACAGUUUCACACUUUGACACACUGUUUUGUGAUUUAGGGGCUGAUUGCAUAAUCAAAGGGACUACAGGUUGUAUCUCCCUUAACCGGGACCCUCUGGUCCAGCAACAUCCGUGGUCUGACAUGGACCACGGAUAUUCCUGGACCACAGAGCCCAGGAAAAGGGAGGUCUGGUGGUGGGGCAAGAGUGUGUUAGGGGACAUUGGCAACCCAAUGGGGUGGGGGCCUGAGGAACGGGCAGCACAGCGGGGAGUUCUGACUUCAGCAGCAGCCGUGAAGUUCCAGCCUCAGCGGCAGCCAGGAAACUCUGUCCCUGGCCCUCUACUCAGACCUGGCUGUGCAGCUCCAGCCUCAGCUGCGGAGCCAGGCGGUUGCUGAGCCUUCACUGGUCCAGCAAAUCCCAGGGUGCUGGACCAACAAGGUUCAACUUGCACUCAUAUAAAGUUUGUUGGCUCAUAUCUUAAACUUUGAAGGGGACUUUUCCUUGCUUGAGAGAUGGACAAAAAUGGAGAUAAUUUGUCAUGGAAAUUUUUUGUACAAGUUCAUGGGAUAAAUCUUAUAUUUUAAUUUUCUAUGACUAUGUUUUGUCUAAAAAAACCCCCAAAUCUAUGAACUGUUUAGGAUAAACAGGCCACUCUUCCUCAAGUAAUAUUCUCAAACAGAAAAUUUGAACCUGCUUAAUUCAGAAGGUUUACCUUAUGAUUUUUCUACCUUCUCAUUUAAUUUGGGGCAUCAUGUAAAGAUGGUAAAUAUCAUGGGUAAAAAAUAUAUAGCUUUUUAACAAGCCUGGAAAGGGCUUCACAAACGUUUUGUCUCAUUUAAUUUCUUUUUAAAGUGGCUUGCCAGGCAUUUUUGUCUUUUUAGUUGGAAGUUAUGCCUGGGAAUAAGUUCACUUGUUCCAACAGGGCAGCUAGCUGGUAACCAAUCAACUGAAAAAGUGAACUAGCAGAUGGGGGAUAAAAUUCAAAUGUAAGUAUUAAAACCUUUUAAAACUUUCCUGGAUUUUUCACCAUCUUGUGAGCACCAUUGGGGUAAUGAGUUUUGCUGCCUAUGACAGCAUAACAUUUGCCGCCUCACACAGUGAAUAUUGGAAAACGGGGAAAUUAUUUUGAAGACAUUUUUAAAGUUAUUUCUGUUUUGUGAAAUUUUAAAUGAACCCAUGUACAGGUUAUCACAAAUACUCUAACUUUUAGCAUUGCUAUUUAAUCAAUAUUUUACCAAGUUUUUUACCAAAUUUGUAUUUAUUGAAAACCUUAUUUUCUUAUUGAAAAAUGGACUUUCUGUAAAAGAAAAAAUAUUAAUAAUUUUAUGACUAUGCUUAUUAAAAUAGCAAUUACAAUGUUGCAGGAAGUAUUUCAUGCAAAAUAUAAAAUGUUGAUAAUGUCGAUAAAUUUCACAGAAAGUUUUCCAGAAAAGGUCAGUUCCAAAAAAUUUCUUAAGGAAAAUAUAUCAACCAGUGUCAGAUGUUUUCUCUGUACUAGACAAGGCUUUAAUGUCAUAUCAUAUUCACAGUUUUCUGCAGCAAAUUCUGGAAGUUGGCAUAUGUCUAUCACGCAACAGAAGAGAAAACAAGGAUUUUUUAAAUUGAAAAGUAUUUCUAUUAGGCAUAGAUUUCAUUGACAUCAGAGUACAUCAGUGGCAGUAUACACAAUGCUCUUAUUGUACUAACUUAAAAACAAAUUCUGAUGAGGUUUUUAAAUUCUGUUCAGGCACCAAUUUAGAGCAGCUACCACAGAACCAGCUCAGUGUAGGAAAAGCCUAAUAUACUAGUUCCUUUAUCCAGUUACCUUUACGCUUUGCCUAAUUUUGAUUCUGUUCUGCAAUCAACCCAUAUGCAACUCUUCCACUGAAGGCCCUGGUCUACACUAGGGCUUUAUUUCAAAAUAAUCCCCCUUUAAGUCAAAUUUAUAAGCGGAGAGUCCACACUACCACCAAGCCCAUUAUUUUGAAAUAACAGGCCACUUAGCUCAAAAUCUGUACGCCUGCUUUUCCCAGGGAAUCACGCUAAUUUUAAAAUAGUUAUUUCGAAAUAGCAUUAGUAUGAACACUCUGGUGCUGCUAUUUCAGAAUAACUACUCCUCAGAAUAAUUUGAACUAAUUACUCCCCAGUGCUUCCUGGGGCUCGAAGUCGAGAUACCACAUCCUCAUUAACGGAGCCUGUCUUGGACCAAUUUUGAGGCUUCCCCAUAGUGAAACAUGCUAUUUCAAUUUUGUAAAAUCGGAAGUUGUCAAAUUUAGUUAUUUUUAAAUAGUUUCCUAGCAUAGAUAUGCCUGAGUAGAGGAAUGAUAUCUUGCACAUCUAUGACUAUUAAUCUUGACUCAAUAAGAGGGGUGCCUAUGAGCCACAUAAGACCUUAUCAUAAAAGUAUAUUGGCUAUGGUGGUUUUAGGUCCCUUUAGAGCAAAAGGCUGGAUGGAUAACGAUGGAGAUUGAAGUUUAUCCAAUGAAUGGGAACAGCAUGGGCAGUGGUUAUGCAGACAACUCUGUCAAUAUCCGUCUGCCUGUUUUGAGAUGCUAAUUCAUUUUCCCUGUCAUUCCAUAUCCAUUACCUCCUUGUUCAUUCUAGUGAAAAUGCCAACAAGAGCCUCAGUUGUGAAAGCUAGUUUCACAAUGUGUGGAUUUUAUUUUUUACAUUACACUAAGUUAUCUCAACAAAGACUAACUCAGCCCUUAAUCUUUUUGUUGCAUCUUUCAUAUAUAGCUUCUGCCCUCCCUCUCUCAGUGAAGUUUCAUCCUUGUGCAAUAACAAGGGUGCAGUGCAUUGAGAAGACAAUUUUUGUGGGAAUCUACCUUCUAGCUAGACAUUUGGGGAUUGGGGGAGGGGAGAUGUAGUUUCUUCCAGUUGAGUAGCGAUGAGUGUCUUAAGUAUGGCAUUGCUCCUGAGUGUUUUGAUAAAUAAGAAGGAAGAUGGCUAUUUCACCCCAGCAUGGUUCUUAUUUACCAUUUAUAUUGGUAUGCAGGUUAGUCGACAGCCUUCACUACGAAUAGUACUUUACAUUUAACCCCUUGCAUGGAAAGAAUUCAAAGUAAUUUACUAACAUUCAUGAAUUACACUUCACAACAUACUGUGUGAGAGGCUAAUAUCAUUGCCUCUAUAGAUGAGGAGACUGAGGAACAGCACUAUUAAGUGAUUGUCUACAGUCACACAGGAAGCUUGUGACAGAGUCAGGACUGGAACCCAAGUCUCCUGGCACCUAGUCUUACAAAUUAUCCAUACAAUCAUUCUUCUACUGUUAAUUAUUAGCCAAACUGAAAACUGUGAGAGAAGAAUCAAGAGAAAUAGUAACUGUUUGGCAGUGCUAGUGGUGUUAAAAUCCAGAAUGGGAUCCAGGGAAUGAGUAUAAUUUAUUGGCCGUUUUUAAUCUGUCCUUGAAUUAUGGUUUUUAAUUUAACAAAAUACACUGUUCUGUACCUGAAGGUCCACAUUUUCUAAAGUGUGCACACCUCUACGUAGGUCUAGUUUGCAUUCAUGAAUAUGGAACUUGUGCAUGUGUGGUUACAACUCAUGAACACUCACUUAUUGAUUGGGCACAUGUAGAAAAUCUGAGCCACUUGUUCUUCAUAUGAUUUAUACAGAUGUUAAUGCCUCAAAUACUGAAGCCUUCCAUAAUGUAUCUUCCUGAGUUUGAAUGGUCCUUUUGGGAGCUGUUGCAAUUACAAAUAAGUAAUGAUAUAUUUCUUAUAAAUAUAAGCUUGUGAAAAUGUUUCAGAACUGUGCUUUAACUGUCAUGUUAACUUGAAUCUUGAAAUGCAACUGUGAAUCCAAACUAUACAGAGUAAAUAAGCUUUCCUUAGCUUCACUGGGCAGUAUGAUUAUUCCUUAUUAGAUGCUUGUUCCAUGAGCUGACAGUAUGUUGACACACCAUUGCAUUGUGGAUAAUUGAAAAGAAUGUCCAAUUUCCAGAAAUAAAGAGCAUCCUGUCUA